AGCGGUUUGGGUCUAGCCGUCGCUGGGGCCCUUCACUCCAAGGGCUGGAAUCUCGCCAUAGCCGACCUAGACUCUACGAAAGGAACCAAACUCGUCACCGAUUUCGGCCCAAACACGAUCUUCAUCAAAACAGACGUCACCGAUUACUUCUCCCAAGUACUCGCUUUCAAAAAAACAGUACAGCGGUUCUCGGGGUUAGACUUCGUCUUCGCGAAUGCAGGCAUCGCAGGCCGAGGCGGAUUCUACGACGUCGCCAAUGAGUGGCCGCCAAAACCGCCAUCACUUCUAUUGCAAGACGUGUGUUUGACGGGCGUGGUUUAUUCCUGCUGGCUGGGCAUGCAUUAUAUGCGUCGGAACGCGGUACCCGGGGGUUCAAUAGUUAUGACUGCUUCAGCUGCUUCACUCUACCCCUCCCCAGAUUUGCCACUCUACUGCUCAAGCAAGCACGGCGUACUGGGUCUAAUGCGAUCUAUGAGCAUUCCUUUAGCGAGAGAAAAUAUUCGCGUGAGUUGCAUUCUUCCUGGCGCAAUCCAUACUUCUCUUCAUCCUGAAGCUGUUUGGGCGCAAUUUGGGAAGGAGAGUUUCACGUCUAUCGACUUGAUUGUGAAGACGGUGCUAGAGUUGCUGGAUGAUGAUGAGGCGGCUGGAAAAGCGAUGGAGGUCAGUGCCGGCGAGGUAUUCAAUAGGAAGCAGCCAGAGUUUUGUAACGACAUGAUGCGGACGAUUAUGACGGAUAAGGAGUACUAG